AUGCGGAAAGCAGACCUGCGGAAGGUUGAAGGUCCAUUUCUCGGAGCAGGAAAAUCAGUUUAGCUUUUGAGCCAUCUUCCAUGGCUUACGAGAGAUUUGGGCUUCGUAGCGACCAAUGCAGCUCCAACUCUGCCUAUUCUCUAAACCCUUUGCCAUGCCAGAUUCUCAGUUCUUGAUGUAAUUUCACUGUUCUUCACCCAAUUUCCCCUCGCUCUCUCUCUCCGUGCGUUGAAAAUGUUUAUAUUUCCUUUUUGGUCUCUAAACCAAAUUUCUAAGAAACCCUUGUUCUUCCAACAACCUACCUCCCGACGUCCCAACCAUUUGGGUCUUGUAGCUCUUAAAAUUCACUCAGCAUUGUCCUCUCCCAAACGGAACACCCAAAAUCCAUUUCGGUUUUUGCUUGUUCAUCACUUCAAUACCCCGAUUUGGGCUCUUGAGGCCGGCAAUGAUGAAGCUCUGGCUUUGGGUUUUCACUAUUUCUCUGGUUUCCAGGAUUGGCGCUGUUCCUAAUGCCGUCCCCACCGAACGAAUUUCAGGGAGUGCUGGAGAUGUGUUAGAAGACAACCCAAUUGGGAGGUUGAAAGUGUAUGUUUAUGAUCUUCCAAGCAAAUACAAUAAGAAGAUUCUUCAAAAGGAUCAAAGAUGUCUAACUCAUAUGUUUGCUGCUGAGAUAUACAUGCAUAGGUUCCUGUUAAACAGUCCUGUCAGAACUGUGAACCCUGAUGAAGCGGAUUGGUUUUAUACUCCGAUCUAUGUCACUUGUGACCUCACCCCCAAUGGCUUGCCAUUGCCCUUCAAAUCCCCACGAAUGAUGCGAAGCGCCAUUCAGCUUAUCUCUUCUAACUGGCCUUACUGGAAUAGAACUGAGGGUGCUGAUCACUUCUUUGUUGUGCCUCAUGACUUUGGAGCUUGCUUUCAUUAUCAGGAAGAGAAGGCUAUUGAUCGUGGAAUUCUUCCCUUACUUCAGCGUGCAACUUUGGUUCAAACUUUUGGACAAAAGCAUCAUGUUUGCUUGAAUCAAGGUUCCAUCACUAUUCCUCCAUAUUGUCCUCCCCAGAAAAUGAAAUCCCAUCUGAUCCCCCCCGAAACUCCUCGUUCUAUCUUCGUCUAUUUCCGGGGAUUGUUUUACGAUGUUAACAAUGACCCAGAAGGUGGUUAUUAUGCAAGAGGUGCAAGAGCAGCAGUGUGGGAGAACUUUAAAAACAAUGCCCUCUUCGACAUCUCUACCGAUCAUCCUACAACUUACUAUGAAGAUAUGCAACGAGCGAUAUUCUGUUUAUGUCCUCUCGGGUGGGCGCCAUGGAGUCCGAGGCUGGUGGAGGCAGUGGUGUUCGGUUGCAUCCCUGUUAUCAUAGCUGAUGACAUUGUCUUACCUUUUGCUGAUGCUAUUCCCUGGGAAGAAAUUGGCGUGUUUGUAGACGAAAAAGAUGUCCCCAACCUCGACACGAUCCUCACAUCCAUACCGCCUGACGUGAUAUUAAGGAAGCAAAGACUGCUGGCAAAUCCGUCUAUGAAACGAGCUAUGAUGUUCCCUCAACCAGCCCAGUCAGGCGAUGCUUUCCACCAGAUUCUGAAUGGAUUGGCUCGAAAGUUGGUGCAGGAUAGGAGAAUUUACUUGAAGCCAGGUGAGAGGAUUUUGAAUUGGACUGCAGGGCCUGUAGGGGACCUGAAGCCUUGGUAGGUAAACUGGCUCGUCAGUCAACUCAAAGUUAGUUGGGUCGCCAGUGGCACAAAUGGGGUAUGAUUUAGCCUCGGUCUCUGAAACUCACAAGGGCUUAUUAUUGGUACUUGCUCUCGUUUACGGGUAAGUCAAUCAACUUAAAGUCGGGUUGCCAGUGGCACCAAUGGUGUAUGAUUUAGCCUCCGCCUCGUUCUUAUAAAAUCGUUUUAGAAAA